AUGCAACAUUCAUGUUCACGUACAUGCCAACAUGUUGAUGAAACAAAUGUUGGUCAAUGGAAUUUAUAUACAAAAAUUGAUAAAUAUAAUUUACAAUGCUAUAAUGAAAAACAUGAUGGAUCAGGAAAAGAUGUAUUUCGAGCAUGGGAUGAAAGACUUGAUCGAACAAAAGUAGUUGAAAGUGAUGAUGAUCCUGAAUUACUUUUUAGUAUACCAUUUAAUGGUGCUGUAAAACUAACUGGUAUAUGUGUUAUUGGUGAAAAUGAUCCAUCACAUCCAAAUACAGUUAAAUUAUGGAGUAAUUUACCUGAAAUACGAUUUGAUAAUGCACGUGGAAAAGCUCAUCAAGAAAUUCCAUUAACAUAUGAUCCAUCGGGUACCUUAGCUUAUCAAGUCAAUCCAGCACAUUUUGCACGUGUAACACAUCUUUCGUUAUAUUUUCCUUCGAAUUUUGGUGAAGAAACAACUCGUGUUUAUUAUAUUGGUCUUCGUGGUGAAUUCCUCGGUGAAGUGCAAUCACAAGUCGUUAUAGCAACUUAUGAAUCUAGACCACAAUUAAAAGAUCAUAAAGUAGAUGAUUUAUUGAAAGGCAAUCAUGAAAUACAAUAA